UACGCGACACGCAGCCGCCGGGAGAAGUUUUGAAAAUAAACGUGACAGUACUUUUUCUUAUUUUUUGCUCAACGCCAGAUGUCAGCGGGGUUUCCUUUAAGACUCUGCGACAAACACUCCGAGCACCGGGUCUCUCUACGGGAGGAGCGAGCGGGAGAACCGGGAGCGGGGUCUCCGGCAGGCAGCGAUGUCCUCCCCAGGAGAGGAUCCCCCCCCUGCGGUCACGUCCUCGGCGCUGUCCGCUGCGGUGGCGGUGGACGCUAAAGCAGAUCUGACCGCUCUGCUGGACGAGUGGGAGGAGGCUCAGCGGGGGACCACCGAGACCCUGGUGUCCAUCCUCACCCGGAUCUCCGAGCUGAUCGAACGGGAGACGGCAGAAUAUCACAAAGCAGACCCCGACCCGUUUGACGACCGGCAUCCAGGACGGGCAGACCCAGAGUGCAUGCUGGGACAGCUCCUGAAGAUGCUCUACAUGAACGAUGACUUCACGAACGCGCUGCUGGAUAACUACAUCAUGACGAGCCGAGAGCUGGAGCUGAACACGGGCGCCUGCCGCCUGCUGCAGAACAUCAUGCCGGGCCUGGAGACCGCCGUCAUCUUCCAGGAGAAGGAGGGUCUGGUGGAGAGGCUGUUCUCCUGGGCCCGGGAGGCCGAGCGGCCGCUCUGUGUUUACUCCACCGGGCUGCUGGCCAGAGCCAUGAGCAACCAGGAGGUAGCAGCCAGCUACAGGGAGGAGAACGCUCUGCUGGUCCCGCUCAUGAUUCAGCGCCUGCAUGAGCUGCAGACUGAAGACGCUAGAAGCCACGCCAAGACCCUCCCUCAGGACUCUCAGGCCCCCGAAACCUCGCGCGCCUCCACAGACCAGCUCCACAAAACAGCCGAGGAAGAGGAGGGAGAGAAGAAGCUGGAGGAGGAGGAGGACGGACAGAGCAGCGCCGAGUCUAAACCCGUGUCCCGGCUCUGCUCGGCCCAGAAGAACGGAGGCAAGACGAGACUGCUGCCGGACUUUGUUUACAAGGCGAGGCCUGAUCCUGGAGGAGGAGGAGGAGGAGGAGGAGGAGGAUUGGGGAAGAGACGAGCGCUGCAGGAGAACGGGAGGAAGGUCAAGCAGAAACUGAACUCUAGCAUGGCGGAAGAGGAAGAGGAGGAGGAGAAGAACGAGUCCGGCAGCGCCUCCUGGUCCGAGAUGAGCUCAAUGGUGAUCGGCUCCGACUACCAGCUCUCCCCGCUGAGCUCCGCCACGGAGCAGAGGCUCAUCCUGCAGUACCUGACCCCGCUGGGAGACUACCAGGAGCUGCUGGCUGUCUUCAUGCAGAUGGACACCCGCUCCUUACUGAUGAACUACAUCGACCUCAGGAAGACCAGCAACGUGCAGCUGAUCUUCGACGCCCUGCUGUACCUGGCCUCGCUGCUGCUCCAUAAGAAGUUUGCAGCGGAGUUCAUCACUCACGGAGGAGUGCAGAAACUCCUGCAGAUCCCGAGGCCCUCGAUGGCAGCAACCGGAGUAUCUCUCUGCCUCUACUACCUGGCGUACAACCAGGACGCCAUGGAGAGGGUGUGCACGCUGGCGGACGGCGUGCUGUCGGACACGGUGUCGUACGCUCUGUGGCUGCUGGAGUCGUCUCACGCGUCGGGGGUCUGCCACGCCACCAUGUUCUUCUCCAUCUCCUUCUCAUGCAGAGCCGUGCUGCAGCUGUUCGAUCGCCACGACGGCCUGCGGCGCCUCGUCAACCUGGUGAGCACUCUGCAGAUCCUGAACACGGAGAGCGAGGUGUCCCUGAUGAGCGACGACCAGGUGUUCUCCAACAGACAGACGGCCAAACACACCUGCAUGGCCCUGCGCAGAUAUUUUGAGGCUCACCUGGCAGUGAAGGCUGAGCAGGUCAAGCAGUCUCUGCACACCUCAGACGGAGGAUCCACCGUCCCCAAGCAGCCCUUUUAUAAGGCGUACACGUACACCAGGGAGCAGGUGAUCGAGAUGAUGGAGUUCCUCAUCGAGUGCGGCCCCCCUCAGCUGCACUGGGAACCCAUCGAGGUUUUCUACAAAAUGUCAUGCGUGCCUCUGAUGCUGCAACUCAUCUCCACGGCCUGCGACUGGAGGACGUACUACGGCAGGAGCGACACGGUGCGCUACGCUCUGGACAUCCUGGCCAUCCUGGUGGUGGUUCCUAAAGUCCAGUUGGUGCUGGCCAACACUGUGGAGGUCCUGGACGAAACCCGGUCUCCGGUCUCCACUGUGGGUAUGAGCAUCAUCCUGGGCGUGGCUGAGGGCGAGGUGUUCGUGAACGAUGCAGAGAUCCAGAAGUCUGCUCUGCAGGUGAUCAUAAACUGUGUGUGCGCUCCGGACCAGAGCUUGAACCCUGGGGGGGGUUUUGCCGCCGCCCCCAUCCGGCUCUCCCUCCUCUCCCAGCAUCCCCCCCCCACCCCACACGUGCUGGCCCACAUGUGGCAGCUGGUGCAGAACAACAACGGCAUCAAGGUGCUUCUCUCGGUGCUGUCGGUGAAGAUGCCAAUCACAGACGCAGAUCUGAUUCGCGCUCUGGCCUGUAAAGCUCUGGUGGGACUGUCCCGCAGCGCCGCCAUCAGACAGAUCAUCAGCAAACUGCCGCUGUUCACCAGCAGCCACAUCCAGCAGCUGAUGAAGGAGCCGGUGCUGCAGGACAAGCGCAGCGAGCACGUGCGUUUCUGCCGGUACGCGGCGGAGCUGACAGAGCGGGUGUCAGGGAAGCCCCUCCUCAUGGGCAGCGACGUCUCAUUAGCUCGCCUGCAGAGGGCCAACGUUGUCGCCCAAUCACGCAUCACCUUCUCCGAGAGGGAGCUCCUGGUGCUCAUCAGGAACCACCUGGUGGCCAAAGGGCUGCACGAAACGGCCGGCACGCUCGUCAGGGAGGCCAACCUGCCCCCCCACUCCUCCUGCGUCACCCCUCCCCCCGUCGCCUCCCCCGUGAUCCACAGGACUCACCGCUCAGCCGCUCGUGCUUCUCCCGCGUCCUCAUUGGCUGUGGCCUCGUCCUCCGCCACUCCCUCUCGCUCCAACCCUCACCCCUCCCCGGCCCCCGCCUCACAGGGUCGGAUCCUGUUCUCUCGGGAGCGCCCGACGCCCACCUGCUCCUCGGGGCGGAAGCUCCGGGCGCUGAGGCAGAAGUCGGACCACGGGGCGUUCAUCCAGACUCCGGCCAUGAAGAAGCAGCUGGAGCGCCACCUGCCCUCCCCCCCGUCCCUGGACAGCAUCAUCACGGAGUACCUGAGGGAGCAGCAUGCCCGCUGCCCCAACCCCGUCACCACCUGCCCCCCCUUCUCCCUGUUCAACCCGCACCGCUGCCCCGAGCCCAAGCAGCGGCGCCAGGCCUCGCCCAACUUCACCGCCCGCCUCGGCAGCCGGGUGCUCUACCCCAAGUACGGGGGCGUGGACCGGGGUUGUCUGGACCGGCAUCUGAUCUUCAGCAGGUUUCGCCCGAUGUCGGUGUUCCACGAGGGCGACGGAGACGAGAGCGGCUUCACCUGCUGCGCCUUCUCGGCCCGCGAGCGCUUCCUUAUGCUGGGAACCUGCUCGGGUCACCUCAAGUUCUACAACGUGUUCUCCGGGGAGGAAGAGGCCAACUACACCUGCCACACCUCCGCCAUCACACACCUCGAGCCCUCCAGGGAUGGUAAACUGCUGCUCACCUCUGCUUCCUGGAGCGUGCCGUUGUCCGCUCUCUGGAGUAUAGACAGUGUCUUCAGCCUCAAUAACUCGUUUGUGGACGAUCACUACGUGGAGUUCAGUAAACACUCUCAGGACAGAGUCAUCGGCACCAAGGACCAAGUGGCUCACAUCUACGACAUCCAGACGGGCGUGAAGACCCUGACGCUGAACGACCCGGCGCUGGCCAACAACUACAAGAGGAACUGCGCCACGUUCAACCCCAGCGACGACCUGGUGCUGAACGACGGCGUGCUGUGGGACGUCCGCGCCUCCAGAGCCAUACACAAGUUCGACAAGUUCAACAUGAACAUCAGCGGAGACUUCCACCCCAACGGCCUGGAGGUCAUCAUCAACACCGAGAUCUGGGACCUGAGGACGUUCCACCUGCUCAACACCGUCCCCGCUCUGGACCAGUGCAGGCUGGUGUUCAACAGCAACGCCACCAUCAUGUAUGGAGCGAUGCUACAGGCCGACGAUGAGGACGACGCCAUGGAUCAGCAGAUGAAGAGUCCCUUCGGUUCCUCCUUCAGGACCUUCGAUGCCACGGACUACAAGCCCAUUGCCACAGUGGAUGUGAAGAGGAACAUCUUUGACCUGUGCACCGACACCAAGGACUGCUACCUGGCCGUCAUCGAGAACCUGGACACGGUGGGUCUGGACACGGUGUGCCGUCUUUACGAGGUGGGGAGACACAAACUGGCCGAGGAGGGAGACGACGACGACGACCAGGACGAUGAGGAUCAGGACGGGGACGACUCCUCGGACUCGGAUGACGACGAUGACGAUGACGAUGACAUCGACACGGACCCGCUCAUCGAGGAACUCGCCGGCGACGACAAUCCGGAGAACGACGACAGAGGACACAUCCCCACGGACCAGGAGAUUGCAGAUCUUCUGGGCAGCAACAGUGACGACAGUGAUGAUGACGACGACGACGAUGAUGAUGAAGAUGCUUCAAUAGACUCGGACCAUUCGUUCAGAACCAACGAUGGAUCCGACUCCUUUGAUGACCCCUUUAACUAUUUGAACCUGUCCGAUGAUGAGAGUCGGGCCCUGCAGGCGCUCGGCGACAGAUGGUUCUCCUGACCGGACUACACAUACUAUAAAACCCCCCCUCCUUUUUAAAGCACCAUCCCUCUCUCUUAAGGCGAGUUGACUGUGAACCCGCUGAGGGAAUGUCCUGGAGGACGACCGGGACGUCUGUGAGAUCUUCUCUAUUUUAUUUUGAGAGGAAGGACGGUGGUGAUGAAUAAAUAUUUCCCAGAGUUCUUUGGGCUCGACCUGCUUUCUGCUUCCUUUCAGUAGGAGACAUUAUUUGUGUUGUUAAGCCCCCCCCCCCCCCCCCCCCCCCAUGGAAGGAGUUUUACAUAUUUUUCUGCCCGAAACAAGACGUCUUUUCACGUCGUGAGAUCAGAGCAACUCCUUUCCCCACCUGGAUGUCUAGAAGAGCCCCCCCGUCAGUCAGGAUUAAUCUAAAUGUGAACUCUGCAGCUUCAGAGCGAUGCAGAUAUAGAAACUCAUGCAGCAUUUGGAGAACAUCCAGCAGCUUGAGGAAACAUGAGCAGCAUUUACUAAAAGCUGCAGAAACCAAAUGUUUCUGAAUGAGUUCUGAUUUGUGUUUCUGUAUCUGCGUCCUUUCUGAAGCUGAAACACACCGAAAAUAUUAAGAUCCAAGAACAACAGCUAAAGAUAUAAUGAUUAAAAGCUGUUUGGAGGGUUUCUUCUCCCAGUUGGAUCACACAGGUUAACUGGAAACAAAGACCCACUUACCAACAUGAGAAACACCUCCACAUUUCCAUCCACACCGUCAAACGUGUUUGCUCUUUCUGUUGGAGAAUCCAAAGGUUUGUGCAGAAAUGGAGCUAUAAUUCCCCCACAUAAUUACAGUCCUGCUAAAUUAUAUUUAUUGCGUCUCUUUUUUGGGGGUUUUACGUGUUGGGACAUUAUUUGCUUUUAGCCUCUGGAUCUUACUUUGAUAUCCAACACGUGCAGAGUAAGUAAGUUUGUCGAAAAAGUUGAAAACAAAUAUUGUUUUUAAGGAAAAUGUAAAAAAAAGGUGUUCUUUGAGUACUGUCGUUUGAUUGGACGGUUUUAGCAGCUGAUAAUGAUGGUACAAUCACUCAAAAUGUGAUAAAAUACAGUAAAAUAUGAGGGUUAAAUACAUCAAUCUGCAUUAUGUGGCUGUUCCCUUAAAUGUGGUGUUACUGUUUGUCACAUGUCCGUUAGAUUUUGAUACGUGACAGGCAGUGUUUCACCUCCUCACUGAACAGUCCUGUAGUGUGUCUUCAUUACGGGUUAACAAAACAGCAAAUAAGUCAAAGUUCAUUUCUGUUUGAGCCCAUAAAGCGUCGUUAAAUCUGUGAAUUAAGAGUUUGUUUUGUACAGAAACGAGAGUCCAUCGUCACCCUGCGACACACAAUCUGCCCCAGAGGAGCCGGGACCUGCUUUGUUGAUUGGUUUAUGUAUCUGUGACUCUCGUGGUGCUCAGGACUGAAAACACGGAUUAAAUCUGAAGUCGAUUUCCCAAAGGAUCUCACAGUUUGGAUACUGAAUGUACGUUUCUAUGCAGACGAUGUUAGCAUCUAUCAUUACAACCUGAAGUCAUGUCUGUUAAAAAGGUGUCAGUAUUUCAGACAACAGCAGCUUUUUGUAGCCAUCUAAUCUACAGUUUUAUAAAAGAUUGUGAUGUUUAUAAGAUUGUUGUGAAAGGUUUUUGAGAUUCUGUUCAGUAAGUUCUACUUUCAUAAUAAAAUUCCUUUCUUGUGA